AUGCAAGAUCACCGCCAGCAACAGCUCUUUCCGAACGACCGUGAGGAACAAGAGCUGCUUAACAUACUGAACCGGCUUACUCGAAAGAUGGGCGGGAAGUCGAAAAUGAUUCAAUUUUCAAAUGAUCAUAGACACUGCAUUGAUGCCAUCUCCAAGCAAAGCUCGAAUACGCGUACAGUGCUCCAAUGUGUCGAUAAGGCUCUAGAGCGCUUGCAACUUACUCCCGAGAUCCGCAAAUCGCUCAGGGUUUUUCAAAUCAAGUCUCCCCUAGUGGAAGAGCAGGUUGCUAAGGAGGCAUACCUAGCUCUCAAUCCUGAACCUGAACUUGCCCCUUUUUCAGACGAUGAGAUGGACAAAUCUUCGUCCAACGAAUGGACACUACAUGACGAUAUCCUCAAUACAAUUCUUAGCGAAGAUGAACUCCCGGUUGAUAGGACAGCGUACCUGGACAAAAUGGAACCAGAUGCAUGGCUGGAAUAUUUGGAUGAGAUCACUGCUCUAGAAUCUACAAAUGGUCUAUCAGAAUGGGAAAUCGAGUGUGUAGCUCCCUCAUCAGACUUUCUAACUAGAGAAGAGCGCGAGAAGUGUAUCGGUUCUCCGGUUCUGCUACCCACAUUGGAAACCCCUUGUUGUCCUUUGAAUAAAAAAAUCGAAAGUCUGGAACGGGAUAUCGGUGUGCUAAAGGAAACGUCCAAACGGUAUGUUUAA